AUGCCUCGAAAAGCAGCACCUGCCUAUGUGAUAGGCGUUGGCAUGACCAAGUUCAUCAAGCCACGAGGAAAGGUCGACUAUACAGAGCUGGGCUUCGAAGCUGGUGUAAAGGCUAUGCUUGACGCGAAGAUCAACUAUGACGAAGUUGACCAAGGCGUUGCGUGCUACUGCUAUGGCGACUCUACCUGCGGUCAAGCAGUUUUCUACCAAUUUGGCAUGACCCAGAUUCCUCUCUACAACGUGAACAACAACUGCAGUACUGGCUCGACUGGUUUACAUAUGGCCAGACAAGCCGUUGCAUACGGUGCUGCAGACUGCGUGCUUGUAAUCGGUUUCGAGAAGAUGAACCCUGGCUCUCUACAAGCAUACUUCAACGAUCGAGUCAACCCAACCAUGACCACAAACAAGAUGAUGAAAGAGACAAGAGGUGUUACAAACGCCCCAGGCGCUGCACAGCUAUUCGGCAAUGCUGGACGAGAGUAUAUGGAGAAGUUUGGCGCUACGGCGGACGACUUCGCUGAGAUCGGGCGUGUUAACCACGAGCACUCAAAGCGAAACCCAUAUUCGCAAUUUCAGCAAGAAUAUACGCUCGAAGAGGUCAAGAACUCGAGAAUGAUUCAUGAGCCAUUGACAAUGUUGCAAUGUUGCCCGACCUCGGAUGGUGGUGCUGCCGUUGUCGUCUGCUCGCAAGAAUUUUUGGACAGUCACCCCCAAGUCAAGGACCAAGCUGUACUGAUCGCUGGUCAAGCUCUUGCUACUGAUUCACCUGAGCUCUUUUCAAGGUCGGCUAUGGAUCUUGUUGGUUUCCAGAUGUCGAAAUAUGCCGGCCAGAUGGCGAUGAAGGAAGCCAAUAUCACUCCAGCUGACGUGUCAGUUGUUGAGCUUCACGAUUGUUUCUCGGCCAAUGAGAUGUGUGUCAUCGAUGCCCUUGGUCUGUCUGAGCCUGGCAAGGCACACGAGCUAGUACGAAAUGGUGAUAUUACCUAUAAGGGCAACAAAUAUAUCGUCAACCCAUCUGGCGGGCUGAUCUCCAAAGGUCACCCGCUCGGUGCGACAGGUCUUGCGCAGUGCAGUGAGUUGAUAUGGCAUCUUCGUGGAAUGGCAAACAACCGAGCCAAAGCUGGUACCAAGUACUGCCUUCAGCACAAUCUUGGUCUGGGUGGUGCUGUUGUGGUGACUGUCUAUACAAGACCCGAUGGCAAGGCUGCGCCGCAGUUAUCCGAUGCCGACGUAGGCAAAGCCAACGGGCUAGGAUACAAUCCAGCGACACAAGCCAAAGGCUUUACUGCCGAACAAUGUGACAAGGUCAGGUCGAAGAAGAAGAGAAGUGAUUGGGCUUUGCAGGACACACAACAAAAAGUACAGGCUAGGUUUUAG